CUUUAUACUAAUGAGAAGCGUAUUUGAACAUAAAUUGGUUGAAUUGAACCAAGACACGUGGCAUAUUUGAACAUAAUUAUGGAAAAAGACAGGAAAUGUGGAAGAAAUCAAGAGCAUUUAAAUUUUCUCUUCUUCUCUAUAUAAUGGAACUCCUGCACCUCUGUCUUCACCCAUAAACUUCAUCAGGUCUGAUCUGUAUUGCUUUGUUUGUAGGCUUUAGGAUUUUCUGGUCUCUCUCUUUCUCUUGAAACUAAUUGAAGGUGGAAGCCAAUAUGGACUUAACACCCAAGCAAGCCCAGAAGUUGUUUGAGGGAGAUGGUGGAGCAUAUUACAUUUGGUCAAGUUCAGAUGUUCCAGCUCUUGUUGAGGCCAAGGUUGGUGCAGGCAAGCUUGUUCUUCAACCUCAUGGCUUUGCUCUUCCUCACUAUGCUGAUUCUUCCAAACUGGGAUAUGUUCUUCAAGGUGAUGAUGGAUUAGUUGGAAUGGUAUUCCCUAACACAUCAGAGGAGGCGGUGAUUAAGCUCAAGAAAGGGGAUGUGAUACCAAUACCCCUUGGAUCAGUCUCAUGGUGGUUCAACAAUGGAGGCUCAAACUCUGAGGAACUUGUUGUUGUCUUCUUGGGUGAAACUACCAGAGCAUACAUUCCUGGUCAAUUCACCUAUUUCCUUCUAGCUGGAACCCAAAGUUUGCUUGGAGGCUUCUCAACUGAGUUUGUGAGCAAGGCCUACAACAUUACCAAAGGUGAAGCAGACAAAAUCACCAAAAGCCAGACUGGGGUUUUGAUCAUCAAGCUGGGUGAAGAUGAAAAGACCAAAAUGCCCAAGCCCAGUGAAAACUCCACCCACAAACUAGUCCACAGGAUCACCAGUGCAACAACAUUGACUGAGAAGGAGUUUCCAUUUCUCAAACAGGCUGGUUUAAGUGCAAGCCUCAUAAAGCUUGAAGCCAAUGCAAUUAGCUCCCCAAUUUACACAGCUGAUGCUACAGUUCAAGUAGUUUAUGUUGCUGGAGGGAGUGGGCAGAUUCAAAUUGUGGGUCUUGAUGGUAAACUGGCCUUGGACACACAAGUCAAAGCUGGUGAUUUGUUUGUGGUUCCAAGCUUCUUCAUGGUGGCUAAACUUGCAGGGAAAAAUGGAUUGGAGUGUUUCUCUGUCAUCACAAGUUCCCAACCUGUGCUAGAAGACUUAGCUGGCAAGACAUCAGCAUUGGGGGCAUUAUCACCAGAGAUGCUACAGAUAGCCCUUAAUAUAACUCCAGAGUUGCAGGGUCUUCUCAGCUCAAGGAUUAGAAAGAUCUGAUCAAUCAUUAUCUAAGCAGAUCCAUGCAUGUUGAUCACUGCAAGAUUUCAUGGCUUAAUUCCUCUUUUAUGUGAUGUAUAAAUUUUUUACUAUUUAAAUACAAGUUUAUUUCUCAAUAAUAAAAUAAAAUAAAAUAAAGAUUGUGUGGAUCAUUUUUUAUGUGAAAUCUCCUUUUACUU